AAGGAAGAAGAUAAUAAGAAGAAAACGUACCGCAUCAGCCAACGGCAUUACGAGCGAGAAAAGGUCAACACAAGAGAAUCGCGAAGUUUCUCAAUAAUCAAGCUAGAAAGAAGCCUUCACCAUGUCAGUCGAAUCGUCAGAAACAAGCCAUGUCUUUUAUUGCUAUACUCCCGACUUACGACCCUUGGCCGUCUUGCUUUCCACGGUUCACUUCUCCACUAGAGCAAAUUUUCGAAUCUCAGAUGCUGGGAUUCAUGUCGGAGUCGAAGCAGGAAAAACCAUGCAAGCCAACGCGUACAUGGAAAAAGAAAGUUUUAGCGAAUGGUCCUACAACCCGCCUCCCAAUCGAUCAUCUGUACCCC